GCACGGUCAAAGAAUUCCAAGAGCGUCGGGAUUACCUUGUAACAAGUCCCAGGAAUUGCCAUCAAUCAAAAUAUCAGAACCUCAGGCAAGCUCACUGUACUCAAUGAGAGAUUGACGUAUAUAUAGCAGGAAUUUACUUGAGGUUCCCAGUUUACAGUGUGCCUUUUGUUUCAUACCUGCCAAUUUAUUUCUCUCUUGUUACCGAGGCAUUAAUGGCACAAAUAGCAUGAUCAUUUCCCUCUAGGCUCUAGAUAUUAUUUUCUCUGUUUCAGUGGUCAUUUCUCCCAUUUCUUCCUCUCUAGUUCUAAUUUGUAUCUAGUAUUCUCACGGCUUAAUCUCUCUGGACAGAAAUAUUUUUUCUCUUUGAAACCUAUCCACUAUACCUUCUACUCUAGUUCUAAGUUGCCAAGCGAGCCUUUGCCUAUCUACGCGUGUUGCUGUGGCCAAUAGCACUGGCCAGAACCUUGUUGAGAAAGUACUUCAACGGGUAGCAUCGGCGUACAAGGAUCUUAGCCAACAGGCCCUGAUUAUUAAUUUAUGCUUGAUCAAAGUUGGUGUGAUUCAUCUUCCCUGCCAUGGCGCUGUCAAUCACAACGGAACAACACUCACACGUCAUUUUAUUUGUGGAAAUUAGUAUAACAUGUCCUGCCCUUGCUAGCCCUUUCCCACUACUCUGAGUUCCUCAAGAGGAGCUAGAGCAGGACCCAACAUCAAUCCAUCUUGAAGUUAAACGCAGCAAAAAUGGCGAUGGUCCUGGAUGCCUUUGCAUCCUAUGUGCAAGACAUGCUGGCCGAGAUGGCAAAAGAAGAGGUGCACAUGCUCCUUGGAGUAGGAGAUGAGAUUGACAAGAUGGAUGUCAAGCUUGGGGAUCUCAAGAACUUCCUCGCUGACGCUGAUAGGAAAAACAUCACUGAAGUGAGUGUGCAAGAGUGGGUGGCGCAGCUCAAGCGCAUCAUGUACGAAGCUGCCGACAUCCUCGACCUCUGCCAACUCAAGGCCAUGGAGCGUGGUCCAUCCACCAUAGAUGUUGGGUGCUUCAACCCCUUGCUCUUUUGCCUGCGGAAUCCCCAUCAUGCACAUGUAAUUGGUAGCCGCAUCAAGGUGCUCAACAAGAAACUCGAUAGCAUCUACGAGCGCAUCGGUCCUUUAAAGCUUAUUAAUCUCAGUUCAUUUGAAGACCGUCGCAGCAAGGAGCAAGCUUCUCAUUCUGGUAAUCCCAGACGUGAGACAGGUGGGGAGUUUAACCGGUCCGGUUUAGUUGGGGAGAAGAUCGAAGAAGACACAAGAAAGCUGGUUGAGAUCAUGCUGACAGAAAAAGAAAGUAACAACAACAUCAUGGUGGUUGCGAUCGUUGGCGUCGGCGGGAUCGGUAAGACUACUCUUGCCCAGAAGAUCUUUAAUGACGAAAAUAUAAACUCCAACUUCGACAAGACAAUAUGGUUAAGCAUCAACCAGGACUUUGACAAGGUCGAGCUCCUCAAGACAAUCAUCACCCUCUCUGGGGGAGUACAUGGUGGUGAAACGGCGUUGGCUGUGCUUCAGCCAAUCCUUACCGCUACCUUGAAAGGGAAGAAGCUAUUGUUGGUUCUUGAUGAUGUGUGGAGCCACAGAGCAUGGGGCGAUGUGCUUGAAACACUUGUAUCUAAUGUUGUGGCUCGAGGUAGCCGAGUCCUUGUCACUACUAGAGAUGAAAGAGUAGCUCGAGGGAUGAAAGCUGAGCUUCCCUACCACCAUGUCGACAAAUUAGAGGAGGAGGAUGCCUGGUCAUUGCUGAAGAAACAGAUAGUCUCAAGUGAGACAGAUGUAUCUGAGAUUGAUAUGCUCAAGGAUAUUGGCUUGCAAAUUGUAGCAAAAUGUGAUGGAUUGCCUCUUGCUCUCAAAGUAAUGGGAGGACUCUUGUGUCAAAAGGAUAAUCAGCACCAUGACUGGAAGAUGGUUCUGGAUGAUUCUAUAUGGUCAGUAUCGGGAAUGCCUGAAGAGCUAAACCAUGCAGUAUAUUUAAGCUAUGAAGAUUUACCUUCUUGCAUCAAACAAUGCUUUCUAUGGUACUCCCUUCUCCCUAAAUCUGGAACAUUUCUAAGAGACGACAUAAUUGGCAUGUGGAUUAGUGAAGGAUUCCUUCAUGGACCCUCAGACAACUUAGAAGAAUUAGGAAUAAAGUAUUAUAAGGAGCUAAUACAAAGGAACCUUAUAGAGCCAGAUUCAAAGUACAUCGAUCAAUUAUUUUGCAACAUGCAUGAUGUCGUUCGGUCAUUUGCUCAAUUUGUUGCCAGAGAUGAGGCACUAGCAGCUCACAGUGAAACUAAUAUUGUUAGUAAACUUAGUGCACAAAAGUUUCUCCGGCUGUCACUAGAAAGCAAAGCAUUAGAAUCAAAGGGGUUGGGUUGGAGUUCUUUACAAGCACAGAACACAUUGAGAACGCUAAUAUCAGUUGGCUAUACAAUGAGGAAGCCGGGUGCUUCAUUGGUUAAUUAUUUUCCAUGUCUACGGACUCUACAUGUAGAGUCUGCACAUGUUAUGUUGGUUGAGUCUUUGCAUAAAUUCAAGCACCUGAGGUACCUGUCCUUAGACCAAUCUGAUAUAUGUAGACUGCCAGAAAGCAUUGGAAAAAUGAAAUUCUUGCAGCACAUUAGCCUUAGAGGAUGCCAACAAUUUGUGGAACUUCCACAUAGCAUUGUAAAGUUAGGGCAGCUAAGGUACCUUAACCUACAUGAAACAAGUAUAAGUGCCAUACCUAGGGGGUUCUGUGUUCUGACAAAUCUGAGGAAAGUAAAUGGGUUUCCGGCUUGGGUGGAUGGUGACUGGUGCAGCUUAGAAGAGUUGGGUUCUCUUUCUCGGCUUAGGUAUCUCGAAAUACAAGGGUUGGAGAAUGUAACUGCUUCCUCGCUCGCAACAAAGGCGAAGCUUGUUGAGAAGGCACAUCUUACCAACCUAUGCUUAACCUGCGGUAGUAAAUUCGGGGACGUCUUCCCCGAGGAAGAGAGCCAACGAAUCAAGAAUGUGUUUGAUGAGCUUUGCCCUCCGCCAAACUUGAGUUUUCUUGCCAUCGAAGGCUAUUUUGGCCGAUGGCACCCAAGGUGGAUGAUGUCAUCAUCAGAUGUACCCCUCAAGAGCUUGAGGAUUCUGAUGGUUGAAGAUCUGGCUUGGUGCACAGAACUUCCUGAUGGCUUGUGUCAGCUCCCAUGUUUAGAGUUCCUUCAGAUUUACCAUGCCCCAGCCAUCAAGCGUGUUGGACAUGAGUUCCUACUGUCCUACCAUGGCCAGAAUCCUUAUCCUUCUCAGGCGGUGGUUUCAUUUCUGAGAUUGCACACGAUGAAGUUAAUGCGAAUGGUGGAAUGGGAGGAGUGGAAGUGGGAGGACCAAAUGCAAGCCUUUCCUUCCUUGAAGGAGCUUAUUCUGUUUGAAUGCAAAUUGAGUUGUCUUCCUCCUGGCCUUGCCUCCCAUGCAAGGGCUUUGAAUGUACUAUCCUUACAACAGGUCGAGGGUCUCAUCUCUGUAGAGAACAUUACUUCCCUUAUUGAGCUGCAAGUGAUUGAGAACUUUGACUUGGAGAGGAUCACUAAUCUCCCCAGGCUGCAGAAGCUUACCGUCACCCAUUGCCCAAAGUUGAAGGUGCUGGAGGGUGUUCCUGCAUUACAGAGGCUGAUGCUCGAAGAUGACGACAUGGAAACACUCCCAGAAUACAUGGGAAGUAUAAACCCAAGGCGUUUGGAGCUCUACUGCAUCCUGUCACUGCUUGCUUCCAUGGCCAUGGCACAAUCUAGCCCUGAGUGGGACAAGUUUAGCCAUAUUGAGCAUGUCAAGGUAUAUGCACGUGAAGGAGAUAAACCAAGGAAAUGGUAUGUCUUGUACACAGCUAACCCAUACAACUUGGAGGCAAAUAUCAACAACCACUCUUUCAUGUCGAGAGGAACCUUGACUUCUUUUGAGGAUGCACAAAGAUUUGAGUCUCUCUUCAAAAUGAUGAAAAAAACCUUUAGCUACAUCUGCAGCUUGGUGAUGGGGCCGUCAAUGGAAGAUAUGAACAGCUACACCUUUGUUGACGGGAGGGUGCUGUCUUUAAAAGAUCGGGUAGCCAUUGCUCUUAGAAGGUUGCAGUCCAGUGAGCCAACAGAGAGCAUAGCAUCCUCUGUUGGUGUGAACGAGUCAAUCAUCUUGUUGGUAACUGAGAGGUUCAUUGAAGCUAUGUGGGAGCAGGCAGACCACCACUUGAGAUGGCCAGACUCCAGCGAAAUGGAUAAGAUCAAAUCCAAGUUUGACAAGAUCCACAAUAUGCAUAACUGUUGCGGGGUAAUAUGUACAACGCACAUCCCAUUUGGACCAAACUGCCACCAUGACAAGAAUGAUAGCAUUUAGAUGCAGGUCGUCAUUGAUCCAGUGAUGAGGUUCAGAAACAUUUGGUUGGGACCAGCAGGUAGCAUGAACCAGAUGAGCCUUUUGCAGGACUCUCAACUCUUCGAGGAGUGCGAGAAAGGCGGUUGGCUCAAUGGCAGCAAGCUGAAGGUGGGAUUAGAUGGAUCAGAAGUCGGGGAGUACAUAAUUGGUGAUGCAGGGUACCCUCUUCUUCCAUGGUUACUCACACCUUACCAGGAAGAAGACCUGCUGGGCUCCAAGGCAGAGUUCACUAGGAGACACUCCUCAGCCACAACCUACGCUCUGAAGGCACUGGCAAGGCUAAAAGACACAUGGAAGUACCUGCAGGGAGAGAUGCUGUGCCCAGUCAAUCCAGACACACUAUCUAAGACGAUCUAUGCCUGCUGCAGGUUGCAUAACAUAGUCAUAGAAAUGGAGGAUGAUGCAGCCAUGCUGAGCGCCAAGCAGAGGAAUCGCUCUAAGGAAGUGCGACAGCUAGCAAAUGAGGACGCUGUCAGGGCGAGGGAUAUGCUGUCGCAAUACUUCUUGGCCAGCAGGUCAUCCGAACUGGGAGAGGAGGGUGAUGAAGCAGUUGUAUCAGGCUCAGGAGGUGAAAAGAAGAAACAGGAAGCGCAGACAGGAGCAGCAGAUGAAGAGAUAACAGUAUGAACUAGGUGAAAGAGGGAGCUACAUCCUGCUGGAUGUGAUUGGAGCUUUUAAAUGCACGAACACAGAGCAGCCCUGGUGAAAGGGAAGCCUAUUUUGAUGCUGCAUCAUGAACUGAAGCUCAACAUUCUUUCUAAGUUAUGCCCAUCUAUUGUAUGUGUCAAAGACAAGUGAUGUCAUGUAGUCUGUACUUGGUGGAUGGGCAGUAAGCUUUUGUAUGUCUGUAAAAACGAAUUAAACGAUCAAGUAGAAACACAUUCGAUCUUAGCAGAACUUCAGUAGUAGCAAAACAGAGUCUGUCUGUUUCUUUCUUAUUAUCUGGCUUGUUGGUUGGAGGUGUGAGAAAAUGUAGUAAAGAAGUACGAGUGGUAUUUUAAGUCAAUUAUUUUUCCUGAGAUCGUCUA